UUCACGAAGAAUUGAAGCAGGAACAAUGGCUUCCUCCAAAUCACUCUCUCUCAUCAUCGUUUUUCUCUCCGUCGUUUCUCUGUCCGCUGAAAAACUCCACUGGUCUUCGCAAUCGCCUUCACCGUCGCCGCCUCAAUUCCUUCUCAACACAGCUGAGAAGCUCUCCAAAUCCGGCUACAUCUCCAUGUCUCUCACUAUCCACCUUAUAGCCGGUUCCGGCAUCUUUAACGCCGCCUUAACCUCCUCCGAAGUUCCCGCCGGAAUCUCCGCCCUCACGAUCUUCUCUCCACCGGACUCGGCCUUCGCCGCCUCUGGACAGCCGUCGCUGCCGCACCUCCUACUCCACUUCGCACCAAUUUCCCUCUCUUCCACCUCUCUCCACUCCCUCCCAUACGGAUCCAAAAUCCCGACUCUAUCCUCCUCCGAUUCUCUCUACAUUACCACUUCUCGCUCCGCCGGCGCGCCGAUCUCCAUCAACGGAGUAAAACUCUCCGACGAAUCGCCCGUCUUCGACGACGGCUCUGUAACCGUCUUCGAAAUUGACGACUUCUUCCCCCCUAAUUUCAGCCUUCCGACCGCUGGAGAUCCAAGCUCUAGCCUGAUCGGUUACUCCGAAUGCAAAUUGCAGCCGUUUUCGCAACUGCGCGACGCUUCCGCGGCGCUGAAAUCGAGAGGCUACAUGAUAAUGGCUUCGUUUCUGGAUCUGCAGUUGUUCGGCUUCCUGAAUCCCUCGCCGUUGAAAUUGACGGUGUUCGCGCCCGUGGAUGCGGCCUUGAUUUCGUAUUCCCGCAAUGCGGCGGCGUACCAGUCGCUGCUGCUGAGGCACAUACUGCCUUGUGUACUUCCAUGGACAGAGCUGAACGAGCUCGGGAAGGGCGCCGGAACAGUGUUCAAGGAUUAUGUUAGCGGGUUUACCGUGGCCGUGACUAGCUCCAAUCGCCUAAUUUUUGUGAACGGCGUUCGGAUCACGUUCCCGGAUAUGUAUCACAGCGAUACGAUCGUGAUUCAUGGCGUCCGUGAAAUGAUUCCUUUCUCGGAUGAUACUGAAAGCGGACGAGCAGAGUCUGUGAACAGAAAAAUUCAGGAAUUUAUGUCUCAGAUCGUAGUGAAUUCUGAGUUUUGAUGGAGAUUUGCAUAUCCUUUUCAGAUAAUUUCUUGGAUUGUGAAUCUGUUGAAAUUGUAGAUUCUGAUUGUUUUCAGCCCCAACCACCAGAAUUCAUGUAUCAGAUACAGCAAAGGGAGUCUGCAAAAAUGA